UAUACACUAAAAAAUGGAGGCAGAGAAAGCAGAGGCGAGUAGGAGAUACAACAAUCCGUUCCAGAAUAUUCGAUCCUACGUCGAGUUGGCCGGCGUCGUAGCUCUCGGUUACUGUUGUUUACCGGCGAUCGUGAAUCUACUGCAUGUGGUGGUUCCCCUUUGGUUCGAUUGGUUUACUUUGGUCCUAAGAAACCUUUUCUUUGUUUUCGUCGUCGUAAACGUUAUCAUCUUCUUGAUUUACAUUACCUUUAGCAAAACCAAAACCACGGAAAAAAAGGAACCAGAGAUUUACGAUCAAUAUGUAGCCGCCUUGCCCUCACCCCCCACCGUCACGCCGUUCGAUUACUAUGAUAUAUUGAAGGUUGGAGAUUUUGGAUAUGAACACACCUCGAGUUACAGAGAGAUUGUACCGGAGUUUCAAGCGGUUAAGGCGGUUGAGGAGAGUAGUUGUACUUAUGGUCAAGAAGUGGUGGAGAUGAGUUCGAAGAGUUAUAGGAGGACGAGAUCGGAGAAGAAGAAGACGGAGAGGAUGGUGGAGUUUCGGAGGACGGAAUCGGAGAGAGUGACGAAAACGGGGUCGUGGAGGUCGCAGUCUAUUGAUGGUUUAAGCAGCGAGGAGUUUCGUAUGACGGUGGAGACUUUUAUCUCGGAGAAGAAGAAGAUGCUUAUCCGAGAUAGCGGCGUCGUUGAUCAGUGGCAAAACGGCUACGUUCAUUUUUCGGAACACGGCUACGUUCCUCAGUGGCAAAACGGCGGCGUUCCUCAGUUGCAAAACGGCAGCGUUCCUCAAUGGCAAAACGGCUGCGUUCCUCAGUGGCAAACGGGCGGCGUUCCUCAGUGGCAAACGGGCGGCGUUCCUCAGUUGCAAAACGGCGGCGUUCCUCAGUUGCAAAACGGCGCCGUUAACCAGUGGCAAUGUGUCCCUGAGCCUCAAAACGGUGUCGUUCAGUGGCAAGGAUCUCGUGACGAUGGAAGUGGUCGUCAUGGUCAUCGUCAUGGUCAUCGUAGUCGUAGACAUAGGCUCGAGGGUGGCUCUGGCUCUAAAGGUUCUGGUUCGUACUUAGCUAUAUCGAAUUAGAGUUUGUAUUAAAUUUUCUGAAUCAGA